GUUUCAGCAUAAACAGAAGUGGGACGAGAGUUGAGGGUUAGGUGGAGCGUCGUUGGAUUAUUAGCAGACAGGUCGGACUGGUUUUACGCUCUGCUUCUGGUUCUCUCCAUUCUAUUCACUGGUAGCAGAAGAAGUGAGCAGAUAAUUUCUCUACAUCUCGGCGUUUGGCCCUGAAAGGAGUUUCAACAUGCCUGAGAAUGAGGAGGAGCCCUAUAGAAAACAUGGUGACCCCAGGAAAUAUGACCCCAGCUUCAAGGGACCCAUCCAGAAAAGGGGCUGCACGGAUAUCAUCUGCUGCAUCCUCUUUACUUUAGCUGUGCUGGGUUAUAUUGCAGUGGGAAUACUGGCCUGGUCCCAAGGUGAUCCAAGGAAGGUGAUCUACCCCACAGACAGUCGAGGCCAGUUCUGUGGGCAGGCUGGAACCCCACUAGAGAAUAAGCGGCUGCUGUUCUACUUCAACAUCAUGAAGUGUGCCAGCCCCAUGGUGCUGCUGUCGUUCCAGUGUCCGACCACACAGAUGUGUGUGGAGAAAUGCCCGGACAGGUUUAUGACCUUAGUCACAGCGUACGCCAAUCAAAAAGACUUUGAUUACUACAAAACCUUCUGCAAAGAAGGAGUAACUAAUAACAUGGGUGUACCAGCGAUUGUCGGAGCAGGUCUCUGUCCCACUAUGUUGACCCCCAGCAAACCAUUCACCCGUAGGUGCUUCCCAGAUUUAGGCAUAAAAGGAGGUGUGAUAACUGUAGGAAACAAAACCAAGUUUAACGAUGGACAAAAGGAAAGAGACGCCAAGGACCUUUUGGAUGGAGUGAAGAAUGCCACUGUGGUCAUGGAGGCUCGUCAGGUGGUUCUGAAAAUCUUUGAGGAUUAUACACAGUCCUGGUACUGGAUCCUCAUAGGGCUGGUUAUUGCCAUGGUCCUUAGCCUGCUUUUCAUCGUCCUCAUGCGCUUCCUGGCUGGCGUUAUGAUCUGGAUCAUCAUCAUCGCUGUGAUAUGUGUAUUAGGAUACGGCAUCUUCCACUGCUACAUGGAGUACGCUGACCUGAAGGGAGAGCCGGGUGCUAAUGUGACCCUACAGGAGCUGGGCUUCCAGACGGACUUCUCCAUCUACCUGCAAGUCAGACAAACGUGGCUGGCCUUCAUGAUUAUCCUGGCCAUCGUGGAGGUCAUCAUCAUCCUUCUGCUGAUCUUCUUAAGGAAGAGGAUCCUCAUUGCCAUUGCUCUCAUCAAAGAGGCCAGCAGAGCCAUUGGACAUGUGAUGUGCUCCCUGUUUUACCCACUCUUCACUUUCCUCCUCCUGGCGAUUGUCAUUGCUUAUUGGGCAGUAACUGCUGUUUUCUUGUCCACUUCCAAUGAGCCCGUCUACAAAGUGGUCAAUGAGUCGGCGUGUGCGUAUUCUGCAGAAACCUGUGAACCAGCCAACUAUUCCACCAGUGAAAUGAAGAAGCAGUGCCCUGACUCAGAGUGCCUGUUUGCCUUCUACGGCGGAGAAACCUUUUACCACAAAUACCUGAUCGCUCUACAGUUCUACAACGUCUUCCUCUUCUUCUGGUGCGCCAACUUCGUCACGGCUCUGGGACAGAUGACCUUAGCUGGGGCCUUUGCCUCCUACUACUGGGCCUUCGUCAAACCCGACGAUAUCCCCACCUUCCCCGUCUUUUCUUCCUUGGGUCGAUCUCUACGGUACCACACAGGGUCUCUGGCCUUCGGGUCUCUCAUCCUCUCCAUCAUUCAGAUCAUCAGAGUUCUGCUGGAGUAUUUGGACCAUAAGCUGAAAGAUGCUCAAAACAAAUGUACAAAGUUCAUGUUUUGCUGCCUGAAGUGCUGCUUCUGGUGUCUGGAGAAGUUUGUCAAGUUCCUGAAUAGAAACGCCUACAUCAUGGUGGCGAUCUAUGGCAAACACUUUUGUGCCUCAGCAAAAGAUGCCUUCUUCCUCCUCAUGAGAAACGUGAUCAGGGUUGCUGUUGUGGAUAAGGUGACGGAUUUCCUCUUAUUUUUGGGAAAACUGCUCAUUGUUGGGCUUGUAGGGGUCUUUUCCUUCUUUUUCUUCUCUGGACGUGUGAAAGCCUUUGAAGAUACAGCCCCCCACCUCCACUACUACUGGGUACCAAUCCUGACCGUGGUGGUCGGUUCGUAUCUCAUCGCCCAUGGAUUCUUCAGCGUGUACGCCAUGUGUGUGGACACCCUGUUCCUCUGCUUCUGUGAAGACCUGGAACGCAACGACGGUUCGGCUGAGAGGCCUUAUUUCAUGUCGAUGAGUCUGCGUGAGAUUCUGUGGAAGGAUGAAGCAGAGGAUCUGUCCGCGCCGGAGGACGAUGCAACGCUAAAAGAGCCUCUGGAGAAGGACAAAGCUUAGAGAUUAGGACUUUGUAGAAGUUAAAAGGACAAUAAAAUCCAGAUUAGUCUGGUAAUCCUCCGUUUGUGCACAGGACAACAACUCCUUAAAUGCAACCCUUAAGAAUGGCCACCAAAAAGUAUGCUGCCCUUUGUUUAGUCAAACUUAAAGUGAUGGUUGUAUGGAAACCUCAGUUGUUUUUAGCUCAACUUUACAAAUAUUUUGAGCUGUGCGCUUCUCAUUGUGCUACACAUGUUGUAGCCCUUCAAUGCAAUCUACUGCAGGAACCAGGAAGUGAGGAGAGACAGUGGUGAAAAUAAGGGGUGGGAUUAGUGCUUGCAUGAUCGUUACUCUCUAUAGUCAGACUUUGAUGGAACGACUCAAAGCCUGACAGUUUACUUUGUAACGAUAAUGUUUUCAUGUUUUGCCAAAAAGGGGAGUUUAUUUAUUCACUUAAUUUAAUUUCAGUUGAGCCUCAAAUGUUAGCAUUAUUAGGUUUCUAGCAUAGUUUUUCCUGACUGGAGUUCAUACUAAUGUUCUUGAGCAGCCCAGCAGAAUCAUCUCCUAAAUUCAUAGAAACAUGGAGGUAAAGAGAUGAGGGUGAUGGUAAUGAGGUCUUUCUGACCUGAUGCUCUCCAUCAAAAGUCAAACUUCAAAAUCUGCAUUAAAACGAUAGUUUGAUUUCUGUAAUACUGAAUGUUCUACCAAUUAUUACAUUCUCAACAUGCCUUAAAAUAAAAUAUAACAUCCACUGAAGAUAAAAAUCUACUUUGCUGGAUGGAAAUUAUUUCAAAAUUUGCCUUAAUAUGAAUACAUUUUAUUUUGAUAUCAAAGCUCAGCAUAGGAAACAGUCAGGAAUAUGGAAGGAGUUUUUGUUCCAGUAUUGAUGCAAGCAAUGAA